GCGCCUGCAGCCAUGAGGUUACUGCAAAUUGUGAUAUUGGCCCUAAUCAUAGUUUACCCAGAUGAUGUCCUCUCCGGAAAAGGCUCAAAGACGAAACAGAAGAAGUCGAAGGCGAACAACAAGAGUGACUUAGGUCCUUGUGGAAAGCGUUAUUUGCGUCAAAUUAAUGGCAAAUGCUAUUACUUUGCCGGCAAAAAGAUGAACUGGUACGGCGCACAGAACAAUUGCCUACGCAAGAGCCUCAAUUUAGCUGAUAUUGCCAAUAAGGACGACUUCGAUGCGGUUAUGAAGUUUCUGCGCUCGCGCGGCAACAUGGAGGACUAUUGGUUCGGCGGCAAUGAUCUGCAGACGGAGGGUCGUUAUACAUAUAUUAGCACUGGUCGUCCUGUACGAUAUUUCGGUGGUGCGGCGGCUAUCGAGCAGACACAUAGGGCCAACUUCGAUGACUGUUUGGAGGUUAGGCUUAGAUAUAAUGGCACCACGGUCACCGACGACAAUUGCGAAGAGGAGCAGUAUUUUAUAUGUCAGGCGACUGAACUAAAGUGUGCUCAGCCUACGGAGGAUUCAGUUGGCAGUCAGCAUCAUAGCCAUGAGCAUUUGCAUCAUUUCCACCACGAUCCGACCAAGAACGAAGAUACUGGGAAUGCGACCCGUACAGAAAGUCUGGAAAGCGACUCACGGCCGAUUGAUAAUUCGAAUUCGGCGCAAGCGGAGUCGAAAGAGAAUACCACUACAACUGAAAAUGGCGGAACGGAAAGUACACUCGUGACGGCAGAAUCAGAGAUAACAGAAUCAGAAGAAUAUGGCUCAACACCGGCAGGAACAGGUGGAGAGACUGGUAAGCCGACAGAAGCUCCCACGUCAACACCGGCAGGAACAGGUGGAGAGACUGGUAAGCCGACAGAAGCUCCCACAUUGAGAGGUAGCGGGAAGGGAGUGGUGGUGUGUGGCUAUCGUGAUGGAUUGGGGAAGUGGUUGUGCUAA